AUGAUGCUAAAGAAUUCAAUGUUGACGAUGGUGCACAAUGGGCCACGAAUCGUUGACAUAAACAAACAACAUCAACAAGACAAAUCUAACAAACGAUCUGAGACCGCAAUUAAAAUGUUCUCCUCUAAUGGCAUUUCGUCUCCAAAAGCAGAUAAGUUAAGUAAAUUAACAUGUCAAGAGCUUAGCAAAUAA